UGGCAAAUUCCCAAGUUUUGAUUGUUGUGUCUACUCCAAUCCAGAAGGUGGCAGUACGUGCCAGAAUCUCACAGCGCACAAAACACGUCUGACUGACACACGUGGGUUUCCUGGCAAGCGUGUCAACAUCGUUCAACAUGGGGAAGAGACAGAGAAAACAAAACGAGGCUAUUAACAAACUGACUAAGAAACAGAAAAAGCACUUGAAGGAGUUUGGCGAAGAACAUCCCUUCCAUGACAGUGUUGGAGACAGGCAAGAAAGGACGCAGAUCGUACACCUGCGCGACAGUCCAGAGCGAAGGAAAGUUGAGCGCGAUAAUGAUGAUGAUGAGGAUGCUGAGCUGGAGGAACAACCCUCUGCUUAUCAGAAGCUGCUGGGCACACUGGACCAGUCGGAGUCUGAUGGCGAGGAAGAUGAAAGCGACGAGGAGGAGGAUGAAGAAGAAUUGUUAGAAGGAGAAGGAGAAGAGGAAGAGGAGGAUGAAGAAGUAGAUGAAGAUGGCGAAGGAGAUGAGGAGGAGGAAUCUGAGGCAGCAGAGGCGAAGCCCAGCCUUAAAGAGGAUGACACUGAGGCAGAUGAGGAGGUGCUGGAUGAGGCCGGUGACAAGAAGGCUGACCAGGGUGGAGAGGAGUUCACAGACAAGAAGCACGAGUCCCAGUUCUGCCUGGAGACGAACAUCCCUACAGAGGGAGAUCCUGACACGGCUGAGGAGGAUGGUGCCACUGAUGGGAAAGAAGACAUGUUCACAAAACACACAGAAACAGAACUUACAGAAGAGGAGAUCAAGCAGCUAGCAGAAGGGAAAAGAACAAAGACCCAAAUAAAGUGGCCCAAACUGGGUAACCUUCUUUGCAGCACUUCCAUGGAGAAGUUCCCAGCCCCAGGCCAAGCAUCUAGCCUCCCUCUCCCACCUCUCCACAAGGCCCUGCAGGCUAACUGGACCACGCUGAACCAGGCCCUCCAGCCCCAAGGAGCUCCCAAGAAGGAGCUGAGCGACCUUCAGAAGGAGCUUCUGGGUCUGAUGGGUACUUAUAGAGAUGUCUACAUGCCAGAGUGCUCUCCCUUGGCAGAGGGGAAGGAGGUGAGGGGAGCCUACUGUCUGCACGUGUUGAACCAUGUUCUGAAGGCCAACUCCAACGUCCUCACCCACAACGCCCAGCUCAAGGAGGGCAAGAUCACGGACGAUGAGACCAGGGACCAGGGCCUUACCAGGCCAAAGGCGCUGAUCGUAGUGCCCUUUAGAGACGGAGCUCUGCAGGUGGUGCAGACCUUCAUCCACCUCCUGGAGCCCAAAGACAAGAAGAAGAUGGACGUUAGCAACAAGAAGCGGUUCAAGGAUGAGUUUGGAGACGAUCCAGAGGACCGGCCGCCCAAAGUCGCCAGACCUGACGACUACGAUGCCAUUUUCUCGGGAAAUGUAGAUGACCACUUCAGAAUUGGCAUCUCUAUCUUGAAGCGCAGCAUCCGUCUCUUCGCUCCCUUCUACUCGGCGGACAUCAUCGUGGCCUCUCCGCUGGGCCUGCGUACGCUGCUGGGCGUGGAGGGGGAGAAGAAGAGAGACUUUGACUUCCUGUCCUCCAUAGAGGUGCUGGUGCUGGACCAAGCUGACGUGCUGCUCAUGCAGAACUGGGAGCAUGUACUGCACAUGAUGAAGCACAUGAACUUACAGCCACUGGACUCCCACGGCGUAGACUUCUCCCGCGUGCGCAUGUGGAACCUGAACAGCUGGGCCAAGUUCUACCGCCAGACCCUGGUCUUCAGCUCCAUCCAGGAGCCCCAGAUCAACAACAUCCUCACCAAGCACAGCUUCAACUACCGCGGACAGAUUGCCACCAAAAACUUGCCCAAAGUAGGUUCCAUCUGCCAGGUGCUCGUGCAGCUGCCACACGUCUUCCAGCUCUUCAACUCAGACAGUUUCAUGGACCAGGAUGCAAGGUUCCAGUUUUUCGUGGACAAGGUGUUGCCCCAGUACCGAGACUCGGUCAUGUCUCACACCUUCAUCUACGUGCCCUCCUACUUUGACUUUGUGCGCAUCCGCAACUACCUGAAGAAGGAGGAGGUGAACUUCACGGCCCUCUCGGAGUACUCUCAGCGCUCGGAGGUGUCCAGGGCACGGCACUACUUCCAGAAGGGCAACAUCCAGUUCCUGCUCUUCAGUGAGAGGUUCCACUUCUACAAAAGGUACACCAUCAAAGGCAUGCGGCACCUCAUCUUCUACGGUCUGCCCACCUACCCUCACUUCUACAGCGAGGUGUGCAACAUGCUGCAGGCGGGCUCGGCGGGUGCGGACGGCUCGGAGGCGGCCAGCUGGACCUGCACUGCCCUCUACUCCCGCUACGACGCCCACAAGUUGGCAGCCAUCGCCGGGGCCGAGCGCGCCGCACAGAUGCUGCAGUCCAAGAAGCCCGUGCAUCUGUUUAUUACCGGCGAAGAUAAGACGUCAUGAGAGUAAGAUGGCCCAAAACUGGGACAUUGUGAGAAGAGGGAAGCGGACUGGAAUGGAGGAAUGCGGAGGGCCUGGGGUUGACUGUAGCAGUAUGGAGAGUAAUAACAGA